CUCAAGGUAGCCAUCCAUCCCGUCAACUUUGAGAUGAAGCCGGUUGAGGGAGUCGGCGAUGGAGGCAAGGUUGGCCCGGGCCUGGGGUUCGGCUGGGCCAGCGGCAGAGGCAGUGCGGCGUGGCGCGGCAGAGGCAGUGCGGCGUGGCGCGGCAGUGACAGUCGCGGCGUUGUCCUACCGCUUGGUGAAGGUUUGGUUGCAGAUGGUCCAAAGCUUCGUGGCCUUCGUGAGCGGGCCAACGGUGGUGGUUACCUUGAACCGUUCAAGGAUGUCCAUCACCACGAACGGGUACGGGAGGAGGUGAUCGUGGUCGGUGGACGCGGCGAUCGUCAUGUUGAUCAUGACAAACUUCGCCCAAUUGAUUGGGGCCGAGUGCAUGAUCGCAUGGAUGAGUUUGAGGACCUCACCGGACAUGAUGGUGUGGCCGUGCUUCCGGGGUUUGAUGAUCCAGGAAACGAUGUAGAGGACGAGACGGCCUUCGGGGCCCUCGUUGUUGAGCACCCAGUCCUCUCCGCCAUAGUGAGAGACAUCGUCGCCUUGGAAUGGGAGGCCGACGAUGCGCCCAAGCUGCUCAACAGUGAGCUCAAUCGGCGUGGACUUGACGAGGCUAUAGAUGACGUCGUCCUCACGCCGGAGGUUGGAGUAGAAGGCCCGGAUCAGUGCCGGGUUGAUCUCCUUGCGGGCCCGGGAGACGAACGGCCAAAGGCCGGCUUGAUGAAGCUGUGCGUCAAGGUCGUCAUAGCCCUACAGCUCCGGGUAGCGCUCUGGGAUGAUUCGUGGGGGAGCCACAACCCGUUUAGAGAAGAAAGUGAGAAAACGGGUGCGCUCCUCCUCGGAAUCAAACCAGAGGUAUGACCCGUCGCCAUAGUAGAGGCACUCCUCGGAGGAUGUCGUAGGCGCCCGAGAUUUGGACUUUGAUUUCCCAGAGGUGGUGGCCUUGCUCUUGUCCUUUCCCAUGAUGAAGAAAAUAAACACAAAAGAGGAGAGUAGAGAUGAUGAAAUAAGCAAAGAUAUUGAGGAGAAAUGUGUUUGUGUGUGUAAAAGUGAGAAGAGGGGGUCCAAAUAUAUAGGAGAAGAGGUCUCCAACGUCCAGAAAUUUGAAAAAAAGAGCUGUUGGAGCU